AUGCUGCCAGUUGCCCUACAGAACAAGCUGGUUGGCUACAGCCGGGUGUCCAGUGCACACCUGUCUGCCCUGAACCUUCCAGACCUUGUUCGCAAUAUCGUAUUCAUUCUGUUCAUUCUUCGGUAUACGCGCAAGACUUUCUACUCCGUCCGCGGCUAUGGCAUCCUCGGCAGCAUCCGCAACAUCUACAUCUCACUCCGCCUGUUCUGCUACGGCAUCUUCCUGCGCGUCCCUGGUGUCCGCGGCCAGGUUGAUAAGCAAGUGAGCACCGCUAUCACGAACCUCGAGUCGAAGCUGGUCAACUCCGGGCCGGAUGUUACACGGUAUCUUACGCUGCCUAAGGAGGGUUGGUCGCCGGAGCAGGUCCGCGCUGAACUUGAUAAGUUGGCUGGACUUGAACAUACCCGCUGGGAAGACGGUCGCGUUAGCGGCGCCGUUUACCAUGGAGGCGCGGAGCUGUUGAAACUACAGGCUGAGGCCUUUGGGCAGUUUGGUGUCGCGAACCCAAUCCAUCCCGAUGUCUUCCCUGGUGUUCGGAAGAUGGAGGCUGAGGUGGUUGCUAUGGUUCUCGCUCUCUUCAACGCCCCCUCGGAUGGCGCCGGUGUAACCACCAGCGGUGGCACGGAGUCUAUUCUUAUGGCUUGCUUGGCUGCCCGGCAAAAGGCUUUCUUGGAGCGCGGUGUGACCGAACCCGAGAUGAUUAUCCCCGAUACGGCACAUGCGGCAUUUAUCAAGGCAUGCAACUACUUCAAGAUCAAGCUGCAUCGAGUACCUUGCCCCGAACCCGAGUUCAAGGCCGAUGUGCACGCUAUUCGCCGUUUAAUCAACCCCAAUACCGUCCUUCUUGUCGGAUCAGCACCCAACUUCCCCCACGGCAUUGUUGAUGAUAUCCCUGCUCUAUCGCAUCUGGCCACCAAGUACAAGAUCCCUCUCCACGUUGACUGCUGCUUGGGAUCUUUCGUCGUUGCACACCUCAAGAAGGCGGGUUUCCCCUCACCCUACGAGGAGGAGGGUGGCUUUGACUUCCGCCAACCCGGUGUGACCAGCAUCAGUGUCGACACCCACAAGUACGGGUUCGCGCCCAAGGGUAACUCGGUCUUGAUCUACCGCAACAAAUCAUACCGAAACAACCAGUACUUUAUCUAUCCCGAUUGGUCCGGCGGUGUUUAUGCCUCGCCCUCCGUGGCGGGCUCCCGCCCUGGUGCUCUGAUCGCCGGUUGCUGGGCCAGUCUGAUGAGCGUCGGCGAAGCUGGAUAUAUUAACAGCUGCACCGAUAUCAUCAACGCGGCACGAAAGUUCGAGACCGCCGUUCGGACCGAUGCGACCAUCUCGCUGCACAUGGAGGUUAUUGGUAACCCCAUCGUCAGUGUGGUCGCCUUCCGCAGCAAGAACGGUGCCAUUGACAUUUAUGAUAUCGCCGAUGACCUGUCUGCUAAGGGCUGGCACCUCAACGCCCUCCAAUCUCCCCCGGCUAUCCACUGCGCCUUCACUAUUCCCACUGCCAAGGCCGUCGACCAGCUGAUUGCUGAUCUGACUGAAGUUAUCGGGAAAGAGCUUGAGAAGGCUGAGCAGCGCAAGCGCGAGGGCAAAUCGUAUAUCCUCAAGCGUGGUGAUACCUCUGCUCUGUACGGUGUGGCUGGCAGCAUUCCCGAUAAGAGUGUCGUCAGCCGUCUGGCCGAAGGGUUCUUGGACACUUUGUACAAAGCAUGA